UUAAAUUGUGAGCUUUAUGUUAAUAAGGACCCUGCUUUCUCUUCGCAGGAGCCGUGAAGUUCAGGAGUCCCGCAGAUAUGACUCCCGGACCACCAUCUUCUCCCCAGAAGGCCGCCUGUACCAGGUGGAGUACGCCAUGGAGGCCAUCGGGCACGCCGGCACCUGCCUGGGGAUUUUGGCGAACGACGGUGUUUUGCUUGCGGCCGAGCGGCGCAACAUCCACAAGCUCCUGGACGAAGUCUUCUUCUCGGAGAAGAUUUACAAGCUCAACGAGGACAUGGCGUGCAGCGUGGCGGGCAUCACCUCCGACGCCAACGUGCUGACCAACGAGCUGCGGCUCAUUGCGCAGAGGUACUUACUGCAGUACCAGGAGCCGAUCCCCUGUGAGCAGCUGGUGACGGCGCUGUGCGACAUCAAACAGGCCUACACGCAGUUCGGAGGGAAGCGCCCCUUCGGGGUCUCGCUGCUGUACAUCGGCUGGGACAAGCACUACGGCUUCCAGCUCUACCAGAGCGACCCGAGCGGGAACUACGGGGGCUGGAAGGCCACCUGCAUCGGCAACAACAGCGCCGCGGCCGUGUCCAUGCUGAAACAAGACUACAAAGAAGGGGAGAUGACCCUGAAGUCGGCCCUCGCCUUGGCCGUCAAAGUCCUGAAUAAGACCAUGGACGUGAGCAAGCUCUCCGCCGAGAAAGUGGAGAUCGCCACGCUGACCCGGGAGAGCGGGAAGACGGUCAUCAGGGUCCUCAAGCAGAAGGAGGUGGAGCAGCUGAUCAAGAAGCACGAGGAGGAGGAGGCCAGGGCGGAGCGCGAGAAGAAGGAGAAGGAGCAGAAGGAGAAGGACAAGUGAGCCGGGCG